AUGGUCUUCGACAAUAUCAUCGUUCUCUUCCUCGGUCGACUCAGCGGCGGCAUUUCCACGACUCUGCUCUACAGCGUAUUCGAAGCUUGGCUCAUCACCGAGUACCACCAACGCGAUCUCGCUCGCUCUCAAUUGAAGCUGGGCACCGUUUUCGGCAACAUGACCACACUGAGUUCGAUUGUUGCCAUCGCGUCAGGGGUUCUCGGCGAUGCACUGGUUUCUCGAUUCGACGGAGCGCGCGUCUGGCCUUUCCUGGCGGCCGCUAUGAGUGCCGCAGCGGCUGCUGUCCUGAUCCUCAAGACGUGGCCAGAGAAUUACGGAACAAGCAACAGCAGGGAGGGUGCCGGACAGACGACGUCCCUGGCGGACAUGCGCAGUGGUAUUCGGACCAUCCUCGGCGAUAAGCGCAUCUGGGGGCUGGGCCUCACGUCGACCUUCUUCGAGGGUACCAUGUACCUCUUCGUCUUCUUCUGGUCGGCCGCACUCAAGAGUGCGAGGACAAAGGCAGGCUCCGACGAGGAGUUGCCAUUCGGACUGAUCUUCUCGAGCUUCAUGUGUGCCAUGAUGGCCGGAUCAGCCUUAUUCUCGCUGGCCACGCCAACACAUACGAAGGAGUCGUCGUCGGGCAUGCUCAUGAUGACGGUGCUGGCGACGAGCUGCUGUCUUUCGGCAGCCGUGCUGCUCGAGAACGAGCAGGUCUUGUUCUGGACGCUCUGCGUGAUGGAGAUGUGCAUCGGCGCAUACUUCCCUAGCAUGUCGUACCUGAAGAGCGAGGUCGUGGAGGACGGCGUCAGGGGAAGGGUGUACAGCAUUCUGAGGCUCCCACUCAAUCUAUUCGUGGUUGUGGCACACAGCCUCGACCAGGAGGGCGACGGGCACAGGAACCAUGUCUUUUUGACGUGCGCAGCCCUGUUAAUGCUCUCAUUCUUCAUCGUCAAGCGGUCUUUUUCUUCGUGA